AUGACCAACGUUCCAGAUUUUGACAGCCUCCCGGAGGUGAAGGGCAUGCCGAAAGGCUGCGCCUGGGGUGUAUUCGACAAGAACGGCAAGAAAGACGUCUACGGCUGCCUCAACCUCGUUACCCCAGAAGUGAUGAAGGCAGCCUACAAGGAAGCCAAAGACGGCGUUUCUGUCUCUCUCAACUGGCCGAUUGGUGCCAUCCAGACCCCUGGCUUCGGACGCAAAGGCCUGGUCCACAAGGUCGUGUCCUUCAAAGGCAGCCCGCUAGACGCUCAUGGCUACGACGACGAAGUCGAGUUCAACACGCAAUGUAGCUCCCAGUGGGACAGUCUUUGCCACUUCCACCACCAAGCCAGCGAGUCGGGCUACAACGGUGUGAAGACCAACGUCGAAGAACUCACCCAGACCUACGGCAACGAGGACAAGGACAUGAAGCUACCCACGCUCCAGCACUGGCACCAGCGUGGCGGUCUUGUCGCUCGCGGCGUGCUCCUCGAUUACGUGCGCUAUGCCGAGGAGAACGGCAUCAAGUACAACUGCUUCACGGACCACCGCAUCUCGACCGACACGCUCGAGAAGAUCGCCAAAAGCCAAGGCGUCGAGUUCAAAACUGGCGACGUCCUCAUCGUCCGCUCCGGCUUUACGGAAGGUCUCACUGGCGUUUCUGGCGACAAGCAGCAGGAACUCAUGGGUUCGCACAAGACUUGCGGCGUUGAAGGCACGGUCGAGUCCGCAAAGUGGCACUGGAACAAGCACUUCGCCGCUGUAGCAGGGGAUGCCAUUGCUUACGAGGCCAUCCCGCCAGUUAGAGAAGACGGCUCGCAUGGGACCACUGCGGAGCUCGUGUUGCAUCAGUAUUUCCUAGGCUUGUUUGGUAUGCAUAUCGGAGAGCUCUGGGAUCUGAAGGCGCUGGGGGAGACGUGCAAGAAGCUCAACAGGUAUAGCUUCUUGUUGACGAGCUCGCCAUUGAACGUGCCUGGCGGGAUCGGGAGCCCGCCUAACGCAAUUGCGAUCUUCUAG